CGCUGCGAACACUUCAGAAAAUUAACAUGCGAACUUUGUUUGCUUAACUUUAGAUUUCUCUGUCACUAUUCUCAGUUUUUAAAAGCGAAAGGAUGUCAAAAGUGGCGCUGAGUAAUGCUUCCAAGUGGAAGGAAGGCAUCAUCGUCCUCAUAUCGGGAACUGCCGUGUUUCUAGGCGGAAUGACAGCGACCGGACAGCCGCGGUUCUAUCGCAACGUUUUGAUGCCCAUAGGCCAGAAGCUAUUCGAUGCGGAGACAGCUCAUCAGUGGACGAUAAAACUCGCGAAAUGGCGCGCACUGCCUUACAUAAAACCGCUCGACUCGAGCGUGCUGAAGUCUCGCGUCUGGAACCUGGACUUCGACAACCCCGUGGGCCUUGCCGCGGGGUUCGACAAGCAGGGAGAGGCGGUCGACGGCUUGCUGAAGCUGGGAUUCGGCUUCGUCGAGGUCGGCAGCGUGACGCCGGAGCCGCAGCCUGGCAACGCGAAGCCGCGCGUGUUCCGUCUGCCGGAGGACGGCGCGGUCAUCAACCGAUACGGCUUCAACAGCGAUGGUCACACGGUGGUGCUGGAGCGUCUGACGUCGCGCGGGACGGACACGCGAUCACCUGGCGUCGUCGGCGUGAACCUCGGCAAGAACGCGUCGUCGGCCGACGCCGUCGGCGACUACGUCAGCGGCGUCCGCGCGUUCGGAGACAUCGCUGAUUACCUCGUAGUCAACGUGUCGAGUCCCAACACGCCGGGCCUUCGCGCCAUGCAGCGCAGGGAGGCACUGCUGGCGCUCGUCGCCGCGGCAACGGACGCCCGCGACCGCCUCGCGCGAUCCCCACGACCUCCGCUGCUCGUCAAGGUCGCGCCGGAUCUGACGAGAGAGGAGAAGGUGGACGUGGCGGCGGUCGUGUCGCGUCCUGGGUCCGGCGUCGACGGCAUCGUCGUCAGCAACACGACCAUCUCCCGGCCCGCCGGCCUGAAGAGCGAGCACGCGGCGGAGACGGGCGGGCUCAGUGGCGCCCCCUUGAAGUCGCUAGCGACGGAAACGAUACGGGAUUUCUACGCGUUGACGAGCGGGGCCGUUCCAAUCAUCGGCGUUGGUGGCGUGGCGAGCGGGAGAGACGCGUACGAGAAGAUCAAGGCGGGCGCUUCUCUCGUUCAGCUCUACACGGCGUUUGUCUACCACGGUCCGCCUAUAGCGAGGACGGUUAACGAGGAACUCGAAAAGCUGCUGGUUGCCGACGGUUACAAGUCUGUGUCGGAGGCUGUCGGCGCGGAUCACAAGUCUGUGUAGCGACGCGCGGGCAUUUGAGUUUGUUUUAGAAAUGUGAAUCGCUUUAAUUGUGGAUAGAAAUUUGGAAAUUAGAAUGCAUUUGAUAAAAAAAACUUGGCAGUAAUUGCUCUUACACAGUAGAGAAAACACUUGUAUUAGUUUUAUGUGGCAGAGUGUCGUUAGUCAUGGAGUGAUCAGUUUUGUAGUGGUAGUGAAAACCUAAAAACACAUGUAAGAACCAAGCCAACACAAUAUAAAUUGUAUUUAUUUAUUACUGUCAUGUAAUGCAUUAAAAAUGUGAUAAAAGUACAAACACAA